AUUACCAAGCGACUUUCUAAAACCUGAAACGUCUGGAAUGAUAAUGGGGAAGACAGACCCGUACUGACUGACAACAGGAACACUAUGGGAAAUAUUCACUGUUGGGCAAAUGAACUGAAAUCUCGCAGGUUGACAUGAAAGAUGAUUAUGCAAAAAUCAUUAGAAUAACUUAGCUAAUGAAUAAUGGCCAUUUCAGCGUUUCAGCUCCCUCAGGAGGUGUGGUUCCACGUGUUCCGAUUUCUCCAGCCCCACGAGAAAGGAAACAUUAGGAGCACUUGCAAGUUCUUCAAGGUGGUGAUAGACCACCCGGCUCUCUGGAGGAAACACACGGUAGUCCUGAAGAAUAUCCGUUCGUAUGAUUCGCAGUUCUGGGCCACUCUGCGUCGGAGGAGGACUACCUCGGUGGUGGUGCAUAAGGCCGGCGUGAAGGAGUGGGAGCGGCUAGCGACGGCGCUCCCUUUUUUGACAUCGCUUACCAUAGUGCAGUGCUCGGACCCGAAGACGCUGUGCACCAUUGAGCGUUUUAAGGACUUGAGACGACUGGCGAUCCGCAGUUUUCAGUGCCCACCAGGACUGGCCGGUGUCCUGGCUUCACUGGGCCAUUUAACGAAUCUGUGUUUAUGUGAGCUCAGCGGGGCUCCUGGAGCAGAUCUGAUUGGCGCCGUAUCAAAGCUCUCUAACCUCACCACUUUGUUAUAUCAUGAGAGUGAUAAACCUAUACCCAAGAAAGCCUUCCACACUAUGCUGUCAUCCCUGCCUCACCUGAAGCACUUGUCUUUAAAAAUGGGAGUGUUAUAUGGAACUCUCCCCGGCGACUAUUUUAUAUUGCCCAAAGUGAAUCGGGACCCCAAUGUAAUAGGCGAGCCAUGUGGUUCUGAAUUCGGACUUGCCAAGCUCGAGCUUCUGAGCUACAUGGACCCCAUCCUGCCUCCCGCCGGCUUAGACGGUCUCCAGUGUCUGCAGAGUCUGACCAUUGAAUAUAGAGACAGGGCUGUGGAAUCAGACCGAUGUCACCUGAAAACCUGGCUGAGCAAACUCCCCUGCCUUACUGAGCUCACAGUCACAAGAGGCUAUCCCCUCAAUGUGUAUGCGCGUGUAAUACCCAGGACGCUGACGAGCCUCUCCCUGCCGCUGGUGUUCCUGAGUCUGCGUGACAUGCAGGUGGUGGCCAGGCAGGCUCCUGGGCUGCAGCACCUGCACACGGACCUGUGGAGCAGCGAUGGCCAUGCCUGCCUGCGGGAGCUGCCUCGGCUCUUCUGUCAGCUACGCACUCUCAGUCUGCGGGACCUGAAUGUAACAGAGAUGGACUUCCUGGGCCUGGCCAGAUUGCGGUACCUGGAGAAGCUGGUGCUUCUCGACCCAAAUCCCGGUCCCAGUCUCGAGCUUCUGGGCCUGAUCCGCGAGUUCCGAGAACGGACCAACCACGGGGUUCAAGUCGUCCAUUCUCUGCCCCGUGGAGACCCAGCAGCCUGCUGCUGCUAUUUGUACUAAGUGCUACGAAAGAUCAUAAACCACUGAGCGAGAGCACUCUGUUAUUGUCAUCGUGCUUGUUUUUGUUUAUCCUGAGUUUACUAAUGCGAUUUCUGCUCGCUCCAUUAAUAAAAAACCUGCCAUUUUUCA